CGGGGGUCAGCGGGAGAGAGAAACAGGGCGGGGAAACGAUUAAGACACGGUAACUCUAAAAGUCGCCAAAAUACAGUCACGAAGCGAAAGCAUCAACGGUUAAACGCGUAAAUCGCUCGUUCGCUUCAAACGCCUUCGAGCGAAAAUGGAUCUACCUGCCGUUGGAGAACAUGUUUUUGCGGUGGAGGGCAUCGAAAAGAAGCGCAUAAGGAAGGGAAGAAUCGAGUAUCUUGUAAAGUGGAGAGGGUGGUCUCCAAAAUAUAACACAUGGGAACCGGAGGAGAACAUUCUCGACCCACGUCUUCUCGUCGCUUUCCAGAACAGAGAGAGACAAGAACAGCAAAUUGGAUAUCGCAAAAGGGGACCUAAACCCAAACAUCUCCUAAUCCAGCUACCUGCAUUUGCACGGCGAUCCAGCAUCCUUGCGGGCCUUCAGGAGACAUCACUAGAUGACGAGAACCAUCUUAAAGUGGAUUCACUUCAAAUGCACCGCUCCCAGCCUCAGCAUUACCAGCUCAACAGCAAAAAACAUCACCAGUACCAGCCCUGCAGCAAGGAGAUACCAGCAGAACCACAUGUAAAUGGCAAGAAGAAGUACUUUUACCAGCUAAACAGCAAAAAGCAUCAUCAGUAUCAGCCAGACCCCAAGAUGUAUGAACAGCAAUCCACAAAACCUAAGGAGGUCAAAUGUCAUGACUUGUCCAUUAAUGGAUGGAACCUUCCUACAGACUUGCAGCAGAAAAGGGUACAGGACAAGGAACCUGACUGUAUACAUAAAGAGAAAGAACUGGCCAUAGAGCAUAAACUGCCUUUUACCAAUAAUAAAGCAGAUCAGACCGUGAAGACAAGCCCAAAAGAACCCAGUGGCAUUAGCAGCAAGAUGAAGAUCAUCAGGAACAAAAACAAAAAUGGCCGGAUUGUCAUUGUCAUGAGCAAGUACAUGGACAAUGGGGUCCAGCCAUCCAAAGUGAAAAAUGUGGAUUCUGCCAUAAUGGAGAAACCACAGCAAAAUGAGGAAAUUCUGAAUGGCAGCACUGACAAUCAUGUACCAGUGACAACAGGUCAGGAGAAUGGCACUUUGAAAGACCAUGGUGUCAGUAGUGCCUCUGCUCUCAGUGAAUUUGUUCACAAAGUGCCCCACAGAAAGUUUGAGCUCUUAAAAGCUAAACCUGAUAUAGAGGUGGAACACAAAACAGAGGAUGCAAGUUUGGAUAAGUUUGGUUUAUCAGAUGAUCAGCCUCUGCAACUGACCACCAAACCCAGUUCUUCACCACUGUCAGCUCAGACAGAUAUGGUUUCCCAGAGGGACUUUCCCACUUACCAGCGCAGCCACCGUAAACGCAACUUAUCUGACCCUAAUGAGAGCAACAGCAAUUGUAAAAGGUUCCUCAGCUCUAGGAGUAUCAGUGGUUCAAAUCCAGCCCUUUCAUCUCCUGAAAGCGAACCCAUAGAUCUGCAUUACUCUGGCCAUAGCACCACCAGAGCCUACAGCUAUGAGUUUACUGAUGUAAUUCCUGAAGAACCUAUUGAUUUGAGCUGUGGAAGGACUAGGCUGCAAACAGAAGGCCCCGCAGAGCCCCAUGUUACGAUGGAGGACGUACCUGAGACCUCUGAGAAGUUUGAGGAGCCAGUUAGUUGUUUUAAUCCAUUUGUGGGUAACAUUAUCAUUACGGAUGUCACAACAAAUUGUCUUACAGUGACGUUUAAGGAAUAUGUUUCAAUUUAAUGGCCUUUGAUUUGAUAUCCUGAGGAAAACUGAUCCAUGGGUUUGUAUAUAUGUAAUAUAUGAGAAUUAUGGACAUAUGUAACUAAUAACGUUUUUUGCAGUGUAGAUUUUAAUUUAAUUGGGAAUAUUUGAAGGCCUGUACAUGCACAGUGGAAAAAAAAACUUGUUUUGGCUGAUAAAAGACAUACCAUACCUACUCCAAGGGAAAUAAAUAGGAGAAAACACACUGAGGUUAAGAGUUCAUUAUAAUGUCACAGAAAAAGCACUUAGUAAGCUGACCUUGUUAAUUAAAUGGGUAUGACAGUUAUAUAGACAUGUGUACUUCAUGCUGAGUACACAUGUCUAUAUAACCAACACUUUUAAACCAUCUCUUUUAACCACCUUGCUUUCUUUAGUGCAAAUUUACAAUUCACAAUAUUACACCUUCAAAUGUAUCUGUCAUUUUAAUGACUUAAAUCUGGACUUACCUUAAUGUCACAUGGGAAUCAAUCGAAGGGCAUGUUGCUUUGCAUUGCUGAAUAACUGAUUCCAAUUUUCAAAGUUUUAUAGCACAUAUCUGCAGGGUGUGUUAGCCUUUAAGGUCUUUUUUGUGCAAUGUUGAAGUAGGGCUGGGUGAUGGAACAUAUUUAUAAUGUUAUUAUGCUUAUAUUUAUACAAUACAGUGCACAGCACAUAUCAGGAUAUUUGGUUUUAUUGAGGUUUUCUAACAAGUUAAAACAAAGUCAGAGAAAUAACCUUAAAAACACUGAGAAGGCAAUAAUAUUAUAUUCCACCUUUCCCCAAACUGCCUUUGAAGAAGGAGCAGAAGGUAUAAUCCAGAAUAAGAUAAUGGCAUAAUGGGCUAACAUCAGAUGAACAACAUGUAAUUUGGUUAGAGUAUUCCCAAUAUCCAUUAUAUGCUCAGAAAUUAUUAUGUCUUAUGAUGUCUUUUAUUGUGAUAACAAUAACAUUGUGAUAUUAACCCACCCCUAAGAUGAAGUAACCUCAGUCAAACUCACCUCAGUGUGGAUGGUUAUCUUCACCUAACCAUUAAAUAUAAAAGCUGCACUUUGUCAUCGCUUAAGAUGCUUUGUCUCUUAGAAAUGAAGUAAGCCUGUAUUACACUGAUUGAGUGAAUUUUCCCUUUUAUACUAUUGUGAUUUUCAUGCUGAUUGACUUGUUGUAUAGCCGCCAUAUCUCUGGAAUUUCUUGGCAUAUUUGUCAUGACAUGUAAAUGAACCUAAAGGUCUUCAUGAUUCUUCACAUGGCUUAUUGUCAUGCCACUUUUUUACCUGCAGUUGACUUGACUUUAUAAUAGCAUGGUAUGACCAGUCAGUUUAUUUUAGACAAUGCAUAACCCUGUAGCACAGGCAAUUGUACAACUGCUGCUAAAGUGUAUUACUUAGCUGAAGUCAUUUUUCAUGAGAAAAUGCUGAAUAUACUGUAGUCUACAUUAGAGACAAAAUUUGCCUUAAAUGAACAUGAGAUACAAAAUACACAAUGAUUUUAUAUGGUACCAAUGUUUUACAAAGCUUGUUGUAGCGAUACAAUCUUUGUCAGUAUCAUAGCCAGCACAAGUGGCAGGUGACAGAGGUGAAGACAGUACUUGUCCUGUCCUUAAGUAGAACUGACCAGUCCCAGUCUAUGUACUAUGAAAGAUUUAGAACCUCCACCACCCACCCUAUAUGGCUAGACUGCUGAAAGCACAAUACCAGUCCUCUGUUUAAAAACAAGCAUUUUUGUCCAAACCAAAAAACUAAAUCCUAACUUCUCCAUGUAGUAAAUUAGACUUCAGUGACAUUCCCAGUUUGCUCACACUAAACCAUGUGCCUGGGAUCCUUGUGAAGAUGUGCUGAAGGAGACCUGCUGCUCUUUACAUGCAUGUUCAUUUCAGAAAGCCCAAUGCACGUAAUACCCUUGAAACUAUUGAAAUAUUCUUCACAAAAGUCAUCUUUGAUAAAGGAAUAAAGGCAUAGAAGUAAAGGAUUAUGUU